AUGACGGGCAUGGGCUCCGACAUCAACCACCGCUUCGCCCGCGCCUACUGGUACAUCACCGCCGUCGUCGUGGCUUCGUUAAUGGCCGUCCGCGGCAUCAACCACAUUGGCGCCCUCAAGCGCCUCAAAGCCGCCCGCGAUCCCGCCUCAAACCCGCAUCCAACCCGCCCCAACACCCUCCUCUCCCAGCUAUGGGCCACCACCACCGCCAUCGUCCGCGAAAUCUCCCUCCCGCAGUUCUUCGUGCCCGUCCGCCACUUGUCCUGGCUCACGCCCCCUCCCCUGGGCCGCGUCCUGGUGCUGCUCGUCUACUGGUCCGUCAUCGCCUACUUCAUGUCCUGGCACGCCGUCGUCCACGACGUCAACUUCUGGGAGCGCAUCGGCUACCGCAACGCCUGGGUCACGCUGACGCAGCUGCCCAUGAUCUUCCUGCUGUCGAUGAAGGUCAACAUUGUCGGCUUUCUGAUCGGCACGGGCCAUGAGCGGCUCAACUGGCUGCAUCGCUGGGUGGCGCGCACAAUGUUUGUCACGGCGACGGUGCAUGGCUUCCACUUUUGGACCGAGUGGGUGCUUGCGGACUUUGUCGAGCUGGAGAUGGAGACGAUGCCCAUGGUCAAGUACGGCCUGGGCGCCUGGGCCAUCCUGCUGUGGAAUGUGGUGAUUGGCUUCGUGCCCAUCCGCAGGCUGGCGUACGAGGUCUGGGUGCUGCAGCACGUUGCCGCGUCCAUUGCGAUGCUGGUGCUCGUCUAUCUGCACGUUCCCACAAACGCCCGCUUCCUCUUCUGGCUGGCCGUUGCGUUCCUCGUCUUUGACCGCGCCGCUCGCUGGGCGCUUCUCCUGUGGCAGAAUCUGCGAUUCAAGACCGGCGGAUCAGCAUGCCAGGGCAGACGACGAGUUGGUCACCAAAUCCUCGCCCGAGCAGUGGCCGAUACCACCACCGUCGUCACCAUCAAGGACGUCCACUUUGCCUGGACGCCUGGCCAGCACGUCUACCUGUGGAUUCCGCGCCUGGGCCCCCUGGAAGCACACCCAUACACCAUUGCCUGCGCACGCAGAAUCGAAGGAACAUGCUGCUGCAACAGCGUCCAGCUCAUCCUGCGCAAGCACAAGGGCUUCUCGAAGCGCAUCCACAGCUACGCCUCCAAGAACCCGGAGGCUUCUCUCACUGGCUUCCUCUCCGGCCCGUAUGGCGCACCCCCUCGAUGGGACAUUUACGAAACCAUGGUCCUCAUAGGAGCAUCUACGGGUGCGAGCUUCACACUGCCUUUACUAGAGGCUGCCGCUCAAGCCGACUUUGUUGGCUGCGUCAAGCGGAUCGAGGUGCUCUUCGUAGCCAGAACAUACCGAGAAAUCGAAUACUACGUCCAGCGCGCGCAAAAAGCAGGCGAUGCCCUCUCGCAAAGGGGCGUCACCAUCAACAUCCACGUCGCCAUUACAAACUCCGCCCUCGGUAGCGAUGGCCUCCCCCUCUCGCGUAACGAGACUAACAUUUCCCACAUCACAGCUAGCAGCAGUGGUGAAAGCAACCCCAAGACAGCCAUCAAAUCAUCGCCCCACCAAGACUCAUCCUGCUGCUGCACAGGCACCAACGCCGACGAGAAGGACACGCAAGAGCAGCAAGAGAAGGCCAUUUCCAGCCUCCCCGUCGUUCGUGAAUAUACGACCCGGCCUGAUAUUGAGCAGUUGAUCCGCCAGCCUGUGGAGGUUGCGUACGGCGAGACUGCGGUGGUGGUUUGCGGAGGGCCUGAGAUUGUUGCUACGACGAGGAAUUGCGUGAGCAGGUUGAGUGAUGAGCGGGCGGUGCACAAGGGGACUGGGGCGCAGGGCAUUUAUCUCCAUGUUGAGGAGUAUUCGUUCUGA